AUGGGGAUGAUGGGUAUCCUCUUGGGGAAGUCGGCGGCCCUUGGCGCCUGGCUGCUGCUCCUCGCAUCCUGCUGCCAUGCGUACUCGCCGGCCGGAGGCGUUAUCGAGGGCACCGCGUUCGUCGACGGGAGGUAUGCCAUCGGCACCACGGACGACGACUUCGUCUGCGCCACACUGGACUGGUGGCCUCCGGAGAAGUGCGACUACGGCUGGUGCAGCUGGGGCCGCGCCUCCUUGCUGAAUCUGGUAUCGUCCCUCCUCCUCCUCCUCCUCCUUCUCGAAUCCAUUCGGAUGAACCUCUGCCUCUGUGCUGGUCGGGAAAUCCAGACUGUUAUUAGCAUUGCUUUCUGGAACUCCUGGAGAUGUGGAACUCGACUCUCAGAGACAAGUGGAAUCCAAUUCUCAAGGGUUUCUCUCCAUUUGAUCAAACUCAGUAGACUGUCCGAAAUCACCAAUGACUGCAAUUAAUUGGCAGGAUCUCCUCUCUCCUCCCUUGUCCUCCCUCUUCUCAUUGCUUCCUGCUGUUUCAGCAACCAUGCGUUAGGAUUUCUGUCGUCCGGUUGAGAUCUCUCAGGGACGACCCACUGGAUGCUCCAAUACUUUUCUAAAUGGGGAAAAAGACUCGCAUGAUAUCAUAUCAUAACAUAGAGAUUAACCUACAAAAAUUCUACCGAAAGCAUCGAAACUCCCCCACAUUUAACGCGUGGAUCUCUUCAUUCCGCAGAAUCUCUCCAGCCCGAUGCUCCUGAACGCUGUCAAAGGUACCUCCCGUUCCUCGCCAAUCUCUCAUAUUCUCUCAGACUCCACCCCCCACUAAAAGUGCUGUCCAUUGGCCCUUCCUCUGCAGCAUUCUCUCCUCUGAAGCUCCGGCUGGGUGGAUCCCUCCAAGACAAGGUGGUGUACGAAGCCGGUGACCUGGACCAGCCGUGCAAACCCUUCACGAAGAACAGCUCCGAGCUGUUCGGCUUCUCCCAGGGCUGCCUGCCCAUGUCCAGAUGGGAUGAGCUCCACGAUUUCUUCAGAGAAACCAAGUAUGCGACGAAUCAUCACCAGAAUUAUAUAUUUUUAAAUUUCAAAUUAUUAUUUUUUCAUUAACUUGUGCUUGUUAAACUCUUCAGCGCAGUCGUGGUGUUCGGGUUGAAUGCGCUCAAUGGGCGCGUCCCGAUGUCGGAUGGCUCAUUGGGGGGUCCUUGGAGUUCCUCGAAUGCAGCUUCCCUCAUUCGGUAUACUGUCAGCAAGGGUUAUGAUGUGUCUGGCUGGGAGCUCGGUGAGAUUUCCCCUCUAUUUCUGAAGCUUUGUUUUGCUGCGCCUCUUGGAGUUUUAAAAGCUCUAGUUUUGGCGAGCCGUAAAACGAAUUUUUACCGUCUGGUUUCUGGUCCUGCUGUUUUCGAGAAGGAAAUCAUGAUCUAGUUCACGAUUGAUGUCAGUUAAUUGUGAUCAGGAGGCUCUCAUCAAAACCGUACAUUUAUGUGUCGAUAUAUGUAUGCAUAUAAAUCUCUCCCUCUCUCUCUAUAUAUGUAUUUGGUUCUUCACGUCGUCAAACUGUUCUUCUGAAGAGUGGCAAUAAUCAUACCUUCUGAUCCUUUCUUUUACCUUUUUUAAGAUUAUAAGUUUUGGGUAUUGCUCAUGACCGAUCAUUCGACUCGAUCUUCUCUUCUGAAGCAAUCAAUUGGUCAAAGCCGAAUCUCUUUUCUUUUGUCUUCAUAUUCUCAGGGUGUUCUUCUUUCCUCUGUCAGAUGGUGUGCAUUCGAUAUAAAUUAGGAAAUAUAACCCAGCCACCCCUUCUGAUCCAUUCAUUUCUGCAAGCAGGCGGGAUCCAGAGCAAAGCCCCCGUCCUAUUUGAGGCCGGGUGGCCUCGCCCCAAGCCAACUUUCUUUUAGCUCUUCCUUCGGUUUGGCACCAAAAAAGCCACCUAGGAGCCCAACUCAUAUUCGAUAAGCACCCUUUUUAGUCUUUUUUUUUUUUGGUGAAGAUAAUAAAUCGUGGGCAUUAUUGAUGGCCGAUCAACCAGCUCGAUCUCCUCUUAUAAGGAAACGAGCUAAUCAAUUUCUGUUUUUGUUCCUCUCCACUCUCCUCGAGACAGUUCUUCCUUCCUCUCGGAUACAGUGUGCGCUCGAUGUAAUCCCAUGGAUUAUCUUGACUGAAAAGAAACAGAAACCAUCCCUUUUUAUAUUUAUUCUUAUUUGAUUAAGAUCAUAAAUGUUGAAUAUUGUUCAUCCUCUCUUUGAAGGAAAUGAACUGAGUGGGAGCGGAGUUGGAACUCGGGUUGGGGCCGGCCAGUAUUCUGCCGACGUUGUCUCCCUGAAGCGGCUUUUGAAUGAGGUCUAUGGGGCCUCUCCCUCUCUGGAGAAGCCACUGGUAAUUGCCCCUGGGGGGUUCUUCGAACCUGAGUGGUUCGAGGAGAUUGUCGUCCGCACAAGGCCCAAUCUGAUGGAUGUGAUCACCCACCAUAUUUACAAUCUCGGCCCGGGUAUGCCAUUCGAUCAUCGUCGUCGAUCCGACAACUCUUGGGGUGGCCAAAUAUUCCACCGACUCACCUCUUUUUCUCAUGGUUUCCACUCCCGAUGAUUCGCAGGUGUCGACGAGCACUUGGUCAGCAAGAUCCUUGACCCCUCCUAUCUCGAAAAGGAAGCUGCCACAUUCAGCAGACUCCGGGGAAUUCUGAGGGGUGGCGGCUCCGCCGCCACCGCCUGGGUGGGUGAGGCUGGGGGGGCGUGGAACAGCGGCCACAAUCUCGUCACCAAUGCCUUUGUAUUCAGCUUCUGGUGAGUCCAGGGGCCCAGCUCCAGAAGGCUUCGAGAUUUUCGUGCUGGCGUAGACGAUUCUAGUUGACCAAAGUUACCAAUUUUGGGAAGGUACUUGGACCAGCUCGGCAUGGCGGCUGCCUAUGACACGAAGACCUACUGCCGACAGACAUUGGUUGGAGGAAACUACGGCUUGCUCGACACGGACACUCACGAGCCAAACCCGGAUUACUACAGGUUUCUGCUAUUUGGGAUCCCCUAUUUACUCUCAAGGAUUUGUCGGAUUUUCUUCCCUUUCAUAAUUCUUCUCGUGUAGAAAUGAUGCAUGCUUGCUGUUAUUUUAGAAGAUGGGCUUCCCCAGGCUUAGAGCUAGAUCAAACAUAUAUUCAUACAUUUGUCAUCUUUUCUCUCUCUCUCUCUCUCUCUCUCGCUAUCUCUCUCUUCCUGCAGCGCCCUCCUAUGGCACAGAUUGAUGGGGAGGACUGCUCUCAGGACAAACUUCACCGGGACAAGCAAGAUUCGAGCUUACGCCCACUGUUCAAGACAAUCCGUAAGUGAUAACCACGAACAUGUGUAUAUAUAUUCGUCUCUGGAGUUUGUCCUAAGUUUCUAUGGAGGGUUUAUGGAUCCUGAGACGUUGGUUUCAUCAGCAGGGGAUUACGUUGCUAUUGAUCAACCUCGAUGGCAACAACACCGUCCGAGUGGCCCCCACGACCGACCCAGACUAUGCCAGGGUGGCGAGGCAUGCUGUGGGGCUCCAUAGGAUGAGGCCUAGCCGGGCGGCGCGGCCACUGCGGGGACGGAAGAGUUACGAGUUCACGAGGGAGGAGUACCAUCUCACAGCCGGGGACGACGACCUGCACAGCCGGAGCCUGCUGCUGAAUGGGUGGCGCCUUGCCGUUGACUCGGAGUGGAGGAUCCCGGCCUUGGGGCCUAUCAGGAUCAACGCUUCAGAGCCCAUAAGAGUGGCCCCUUUCUCCAUUGUAUUUGCCCACAUCCCCCAUUUCUAUGCCCCAGCAUGUAGAUUCUAG